AGGACAUGUGUUAUGUUUAAUGCUUGAUUCUAGUUAGGGGUGUAGUUAAGUUAGUUUAUAAUUAUUUGUAUUUAUUGUUGAGAGUUAUUGCUUGCAGAACAUGUCAGGUAUCCCACCGGAUUCUUGGCAACCUCCCACCGUUUCGUUAGAAACCACGAUGGGAAACAUUGUGUUUGAACUCUACUGGAAGCAUGCCCCUAAAACGUGCAAAAAUUUUGCUGAAUUGGCAAGGCGAGGUUACUACAAUGAUACAAAGUUUCACAGAAUAAUCAAAGACUUCAUGAUUCAGGGAGGGGAUCCUACUGGAACAGGGAGAGGUGGAGCAUCCAUUUAUGGGAAACAGUUUGAAGAUGAACUUCAUCCGGAACUUAAGUUCACUGGUGCUGGAAUCCUUGCCAUGGCCAAUGCUGGACCUGACACAAAUGGUAGCCAGUUCUUCAUAACUCUGGCUCCUACCCAGUGGCUAGAUGGAAAACACACUAUUUUUGGUCGGGUAUGCCAAGGAAUUGGAGUAGUUAACCGAAUUGGGAUGGUAGAAACAAACACCCAAGAUCGACCAGUAGAUGACGUCAAAAUUAUUAAAGCAGCUGUUGCAGGCUAGUGGAAUGAGGAAUGAAAACUGUGUGUUAAAAAGCAGACUAUUCUCCCAAACUUGUUUUGUAAUUACAUUCCUUGCUGCCGCAUAGACGUUAUUUGUCAUUUGGAUAUCUGUUCAGCUACAAAGACCCGGAAGUAUCAAAAUAGACAUAUAACCCAGGUUGUUCUUUUGCUUUCUGCAGAUAGUCCAUUACAAAUGAUGAAAGCAUGCUUGAUGCAUGUAAAAUGUGACAUGCCUGCAACUUGUAUGUAACAUGUGACUACAUGCCUGUAACUUGUGUAGGACAUGUGACUACAUGCCUAUAACUUGUGUAUGACAUGUGACUGCAUGCCUAUAACUUGUAUAUGACAUGUGACUACAUGCCUUUAACUUGUAUGAUCAUCCAUCUCUUGGAUCACUAUUGAAAGUCGGCACUUCUAAGUGUUCACAGUGUGAUGAUGAUGAAUAAAAUUUGUGGAAUACUCCAGAA